AGGGCGACUUUUUCCCCGGCAGCCAUUCCUCGAUAUCGGGAGUUUUCUCUUUUUACGCCUGCAGUUUUUCUGCUUGAUUGCCGAACAAGGGAAGACUUUCCGAAACUAGAACAAGACGAACUUUUAAAGCCGCAGCACUUCCGGUCUACUCCGCGAGACUUUCCAGCGUUGGUAGCCAGUGCCUCUGGUCCUUCCCCUGAGGAACAAGACGGGGGAUGCACGGCGACGUCGCUGCACAUCUUUUCUUUUUACAGCGUUGCUUUUGUCCGUUUGUUUUCUUCAAAAUGGCGUUUUUUCCGCGGCUCUUCGCAGACUUUUCCAACUCCCUCCGGAGCAGGGGGUCGCCCGUUCUGUCGCAGGCUCAGCAAGUUCCAGCUCGAAGCGCAGCUUUUUGCCAAGCCACCCCGGCAGGGCCGUUCGGAGCUCGUUUCUCCGGUAGAGAGGGAAAUCCCACCGUUUUGGCGCGCACGGGCGCCACGAACGUCCUGACUUUCUGCCGCGAACCCGCGCCGGGGAGCUUCGCGAAAAACCGGGAGUUCCUGUGUUCCGGAACACGAAGGUACUUCCCUUCCCUUGUGUCCUGCCCGCCGACUGGAGGUGGAGCCUCCGCACUUUCCUGCAUGCGCCAGCAGCCUCGGCACUUUACGAGUCCCAGCGAAUCUUCUGGAUCCUCUGCUAGUGAAAAAACCAACGAGACAGCGAAGCCGAAACGUGGACCGACAGGCCUGCAGCGUCCUUGCGACUUGAAGGGCCCACUCGCCACUUUCAUGGGCAAGACAGAAGCCUCCAGAGUCGAGGUCGUCAAGCACAUCUGGGACUACAUCAAGCGACAUAAUCUCCAGAGUCCCGAAAACAAGAGGAUGAUCAACGCUGACAGCACCCUCCGGCCGCUGUUUCAGAAAGACCAAGUUUCAAUGUUCGAACUCAACAAAUUGCUCUCCAAGUUUGUUCAGAGCCGGCCGUCGCCGCCCAAGCCGUAAGAGGGAGACGCUGAGUCGAGGGGGUUCUACUUUCAAGCCUGUCCUUUUGCGGAGAGGCCCAGCGGCGAGUUGCAAAGGCGCUGUGUACGGCUCGACUUCCUUGCGGGAAUACCGUACCUGCACCUCAGGUUUUGGUCCAGGCGGUUUUCAAGUGAGGCUGAGAACAGGCGUUUAGGGAUACGCCGUGCGGCUUCCAGUGAGACUUACUUCCGCUUCCUUAGUUCGCUUUAAAACUCGAGGAACGGUACGGAACGGAAAAUCACCGCAGUGUGGAGGGCGAGACUGCCGCAUUGUCGCACUUUCGCAGAACCGCAACCACGCGUGCGAAUAUCCUUCCAUCCGUUUCACCGCGAACAACUCGAUAUGCGGAAGGUUGCCCUCCGUGGAAAAAACGACAAUUUUGUGUGUCGAUUAAAAAACGGAGGGACUUCCGCCAUGGGGUAAGGGCAGGCGGUCUUGUGUCUCCCUCGCAAGCAACCGAGAAGGGGAUUUCCUGGACGUCGAGCCCUACUGACACAGGUUAAAAACCACCACUUUUUUUGCAUUUUCAGCCGAAAUCGAAAAGUCGACGCUCACGCACCGAGGCACUCGCUGUGUGCAGCGUC